AUGUAAAACUUCAAAUCUGCAACUGAAUACUUGGAUGAAAUUGGAUAGUAGCUUAACUUUAUUGAUUAAUAUUAUUUCUAACAAGUAGAUUAGGCAGAUGCUUAAGCUUUAUUAAAAUUUAAGAAGGUCUAUAAGUAUAUUGAUGAAGCAUAUAAAGUAUAAUUAGUUAUUUAAAUUACAGUCAAAUUUUAUAAAUGAUGAUGGUUUAUUUUAAGUUUAUGGAUUUGUCUUAUAAACAAUCAAGAAAUUUAAAAGAAAAUUAGAAAACAGAAUUUAUUUUGAUAAAACUGAUUAUUAAGCAACUCUUGAAAAACUUGAACGAACAUAAACAAAAUUUGUUCCUGUUUAUAAGGAUCUUAUUUUGGAUGCUUAAAAAUUAGAAAGAAUAGAUUUAGAAAGCUUAUUAGAUUCUAAUAUGAUUCAUCAUAUAUAUACUAAAAAAGAAUUAGGCUAAUUUGCAAUCUAAUUGUUUGAUUUCUUAAAUUUAGAUUAAAUCAAAGUACCAAAAUAAAUUUUAGGAGAUUUGAUAAAUGAAAUUGUCAUGAAUUAUAAUGUUGUACCUUAUCAUAAUUUUACUCAUGCUUUCUAAUUAUCAUAAUUGCUUUUUUCAUGCUAUAUGAAAUCAAAUUUAAAGAAUUUUUGUAAUUAACUUGAAAUAUUCUCUGCUAUUCUUGCUGGCUUAGGACAUGAUUUAAAUCAUAGUAAGAAAUUAAAUUAUUAUAAUUUUAGAGGGCGUUAACAAUAUGUAUAAAAUAAAAAAGUCUAAGAAAUUUAAUAUAUUAACAUCGGAAAUUGCUGUCUUAGAAAAUAUGCAUUGUGCCACUUUUUUUAAUAUUAUACAACUCAACAGAAAACAUGAUUUCUUUCAAUACAUGUCAAAUGAUGAGGAAAAAACCUUAGCUAAAAGAUUGAUUAUUACAUCAAUAUUAGCAACUGAUAUGGUAUUUAUUAUUUUAAAUUAUACAAUAGAGUAAACAUGCCAAACUUUUAGCUAAAUUGUAAAAAAGAGUAGAAUGCACUAAAUCAUUUGAAUAAGGUGUAAAAAAUGAUUUAAUAGAAAUGCCACGUUUCUCAAAUGAAAGACUUGAAGAUAGAAUUUUUAUUCUUAAUAUCAUGGUUCAUGCUUGUGAUAUUUCUAAUCCAACUAUGAAAUUUGACAAUUAUAUGAAUUGGUCCUAUUUAUUAACUUAAGAAUUUAAUGAUUAAGUAUAACUACUUUUAAAUGCUUAGACUAUUAAAGAAGCUAAAAUAGGAGUUGAUGUUACUGCAUUUUUGAUCUAUAAAGAUAAACCUACUUAUUAUGGAGGAUAAAUAUUUUUUUCAAGUAUCCCCUAUUUUAUAUUACUUAGAAUCUUUGGUUCUUCCUUUAUGGAUUCAAAUAGGUGAACUAUAUCCAGAACUUAAAUAUUUACCUGAUGAAAUUAAUAAGAAUUUAGAAAUAUUACAAUAAAAGCUAAAAUAAUGA